AUGUCGUACGCAAGAUCCAGAUACAACAGAAAAUCCGCUAGACCUUCCUACCACAGAAGAGACAACUACAGAUCUCACGGCAGAUACUCUAGACCCGUGAGACCUGAGUAUUCUCACAGAAGAGAAUAUCCUUCCAGAAGAUACAGCUAUCCACAGCCAUCUGGCCCCGUUUAUGUCGAGGAGCCUGAGACUGAGGAUGAUGCUUCAGCUUCUGAGAGCGAGUACGAUGGUUUCGCUCAGUCCGAUGGCGAGUACUCCUCCUACGAUGAGUACGAGGCUCCAGCAUACGAGAAAUACCCAGACCAUCCAGAAUACAACAAGCCAUACUACCUUUCUGAUGAUGUUUCCGAUCACUACUACGACGACGAAACUUACGGUAAUGAGUAUGACACCUUGGAGGAGGACAGUGAGGACGAGGUCUACGACUUCGACUUGCACAGAAACGCCGCUUACGACGAUGUGAGCGAGGAGGAUGACGAGGACGUCAUCGAAGAGAUCUUCGUUAUUCCUAAUGAUUCCGACGACGUCAUCGACAUCAACGACCUCUUGGAGGAACAAUUCUACGACGACUUGGAGGCCGAGGGCAAACUCUACGACGUUAACAACGACUUGGUUAGAUACUACGACUCUGCUAGUUCCGACUCCGAGCUCGAAUCGCAGCUGGACUCCGACUCCGACUCGGACUCCGACGAGGAGAUCCUUCUUAUUCAAGAUGCCGACUCUGACGCCGACUCCGAGUCCAGCAGUGAGUCUAGCUCUUCUGAAUCUGACUCCGACUCUGAGUCCGAAUCCGACUCCGACGAUGCUGAGGACUGUUGUGGUGGUAACAUGAUUUGUGGCGCUGACUGUGCCGACUCUGAAGACUGUUGUGCUGAAGACUGUUCCGAUGAGUGUGCCGACUCCGACUGCUGCAACUCCGAGUGCGACUCUGAUUGCGAAUCCGAGUCCGACACCGAAUCAUACACCGACUUGGAGCUCGACUCCGAUGAGGAGGCCGAGUUUGUCAGACAAUACCUCGCCAACAGAUUCGACUCUGGUGAUGAAGUCUCCACAUCCGAGCUGGAGGACGAUGAGGUUUUCUUCGAGGUUGACUCUGACUUCUACAACUCUGACGACGAUGACAUUGCUGUCGACUCCGAGCUCUCUGAAUACUCUGACUCCGAGUCUUCCUCUGACGAAGAGGAUGGAAUCACCAUCUACAGACACAAGUUCGACUUGCCAGACCGUUACGACAGCGACAACGACUCUACCGACCCAGAAUUGGAGUUUUCUGACGACGAAGAGAUGCUCUUGGCUGAGGACUCUGACGACGAGGAGUUCGAGAUCAUUGACUUGAGCAAAGAGUUGAAGGACUCCAAGGACUGCGAGGUUGUUGAGCUUGACGAGAACACCUACAAGUUGAACCUCAGAUUGCCAUCUCUCAUCAAGGAGGACUUGGACAUCAAGUUCUUGAAGAACGAGAACGAGCUUGUCAUCAACGGUAAAUUCAACUUCACAGGUGAAGAGUCUGACAGCGAUGAUGAAGAGUACGACGACGAGGGUGUCACCGCUGAAGUUGAGGUCGAGGAGGCUUCUUCCGAGUCCGAGUCCGAGUCCGACUCUGACUCUUCUCCCUCUUCUUCUUCUUCUUCUUCCUCUGAAUCCGACUCUGAGUCCGACUCUGACUCUGAGUCCGACUCUUCUUCUUCUUCUUCUUCAUCUGAAUCUGAAGACGAGGAGACCGCUGAGUCCGAAUCUAAGGAUGCCGAGGAACAAACUGCCGAGGCUGAGGCUGAGUCUGACAACGAGGAGGAGGUUGUUGAAGACGCAGCUAACUUGAUCAAGGACUUCAAGAAGCACGAGAUUCAAUUCGAGAAGAGAUACCAAUUUGACAAGAUCAUCAAAUUCGAUGAGAUCAAAGCCACCUUUUUGGAGAACGGCGAAUUGGAGUUGAUCAUCCCUAACGAGGGUGAGGCUACCUCCAGAGACGAGAACACCAUCUCGAUCGCCAUUGAGGGUGUGUCUCAGCCAAAGGCCAUUGCCGCCACUGCUGAGACCGAGAACGUUGAGGCUGAGCCCGUAGAGGCCGCCGUUGAAGACGUUGAGAUGGAAGCUUAG